AUGCGCUCCACCAUCAUCGCAGCUGCUCUGCUUGCAGUCAUCCCUACAGUUCUAGGGGGGUUGCAUUGCCAACCCAGACAAAUCGACUCCUUCCCAUACCCCCCGAGUAUCGAGGCAGUGAAGCGCGAGAUGCACACCUGCAUUGACCGCAUGAAAAUAGGUACCGGAACUGAUAAAGGGUGGAAGGAGGACUGGUGGCAAUGCGUCUACUACGGCUUUUUGUUGACCGGCUACGCCUGGAGGAAUUCUAAACACUGCUGGCAGGCCUGCGCGCCAUGCCUUCAUGAUGCCGUCGACAACGGCUAUGCAGUGGCCAACUGCGAGAAGCACGAACGUAUGGCUCGAUGCUAUUUCAAGUACAAUCCGUGGGACGAGCCUGUUGCCGCGGCGAACAACUCGACGGAUGAGCUCACGGCAGAGUCCUGA